AUGUUCGAAAGUGUCGUGUCACCACCCCAGGUCCGGGGUCGAGUACCUCGGGUUCAGACAGUCGCAAGACCGGCCGUUGCGACCAAUAUCAUCGAUAUCCGCAGUGAUAAAGCAGAGACACAGCUACGUCAUUCGCUCGAAGACUCCAUCCAUGCGGCCUGUCACGGGGAGUCUGCCAUGCCGGAGCUUCUACUCUGGGAUGAAAAGGGACUACGCUAUUUUGAAGACGUGACUUAUGCUCCAUCCUACUACCUCACCAAUGAAGAGAUCGGCUUGCUCGAGAAGCAUAAAUACCAGAUCGCAGAACACAUUCCGUCUGGUAGUAUGUUGGUCGAGCUAGGCAGCGGAAAUCUCCGCAAGGUCAAGAUCCUUCUAGAUGCUCUGGAUGAAAUGAGUCGGGAAGUUGACUACUUCGCGUUGGAUGUAUCGUAUCAAGAACUCCACCGGACUCUCAGCAUCGUGCCCCCGGGGACAUUCCGCCAUGUCCGCUGCUUCGGGUUGCUGGGAACCUACGACGAUGGUCGGGACUGGAUGCAUUUGCCCGAAAUCCGUUCGCGAUCCAAGACCAUUCUCUCCUUGGGAUCAACACUGGGCAGUUUCCAGCGGCCAGAAGCAGCCGACUUUUUGGCUAGCUUCGUCACCCCCGAAAGUAACUCGUCACUGCUCAUUGGCUUGGACGGAUGCAAAGACGCCGAUCGCGUGCGGGCAGCUUAUAACGAUCCCGAGGGGAUCAAUCGGCGAUUCAUCAAGCACGGCCUUGAACGCGCCAACGAGAUCCUAGGGCCGGAUACCUUUGAUCUCGACAAAUGGGCUGUCAUUGGCCGCUGGGAUGCAGCGCAGGGAAGCCAUAACCAGUACUAUCUCCCUUCAGAAGACGUGUCUCUGGCGGGCAAGACCAUUCCGGCGGGCCGGAGGAUAUUGGCAGUCAAGAGCCAUAAGUACGAUGCUGAUGACAGGGAUGCGUUGUGCCGGAGGGCAGAAUUGGCUGUUGGUGAUGCAUGGGCAUCCAAGAACCAAUACAAUAUACUGUAUCUUGAGAAACCAUAG